GGCUACAUAAAAUAAAUUAUUUUAAAUGCUCAAAAAUAAAAAAUCAGAUAACAAAGCAAGUAUAGAAAUAAGUCCAGAUAAUUUAGAUAUCGAUGUCAAAAAUAAUAUACUUAAUAUAUGCUUAUUGGAUUUAGAUCAAAUAUAUAAAAAUAAUGUUAAUAAUGACUUUAAGCAAGAAUUCAAAAAUAAUUUAAUUGUUUACCUAAAGUUAGACAAUUAUCAAGUUCCACCAUAUGACAUAAAAAAUUUUAACGAGUAUUUUAUUAAAUAUAAAGAUAAAAUAAUGACACAUCGAGCCUUUAAAAUUGACCCUUAUAUGUUCCCAUUAUUUUUGUUAGUAUUUUCUAUUCGAGAUGGAUCAUAUGAUGCAAGAAAUGCUGUUUUAAUACAAAAUAUUAUACAAUAUUUAAAACUUAAUGAUAUCAUAUUUGAAAAAUAUGAAGACAAAAUGAUAGAUUUAAUAAUUUAUUUUAAGAAAGAUUCUAAUUCAAGCAAAAGAUUCAAAACAAGUAAAAUGAAGAAAUACCUCAAGAUAGGUGCCGCAUCAAUUUUGGGUGGUACACUCCUAGGAUUAACGGGUGGGCUCAUAGCUGCCCCUUUCCUAGCAGUGAGCGCAGGAGCCCUCGUGGGAUCGGCGUGGCUUACAACCACCCUGGGUACCGCGGCAGGUGCAGGUGCUGUCGGAUCGGCUUUCGCUCUCACCGGCGCUGCCCUCACUGGCUAUAAAAUGAAUAAACGAGCCGGGGACAUUAAUGAAUUUUCGUUUCAAAAGCUGAAGACUAUGGGUAGUGGUAAACGUAGUUUUUUGCGGGGUCAACGCAGUUUGAAGGUAACACUAUCUAUCUCAGGUUGGAUUAGCAAAGAUUGCGAUUUUGCAACGCCUUGGACAGAUUUAAGGUUAACAGCUGAGGCCUAUACUCUACGUUGGGAAGGAAAGUUUCUCAAGGACUUUGGCCAGGGAGUAGGUUACGUAGCCAACUGGGCAACGGGGCAAAUAGCUCAGGAGGUUCUCAAGGAAACGGCUUUGGCAGGUGUUCUAUCCGCCAUAGCCUGGCCACUCACUUUACUUUCCUUGGGCAGGGUGAUUGAUAAUCCUUGGGCUGUCGCUUUCACCCGUUCAAAACCGGUUGGAAGAGAAUUAGCUAAUGUAUUGGCCGAUAGAAUUGCCGGGAAUCGACCUGUUAAUUUGAUCGCAUUUGGCUUAGGUUGCCGAGUUAUUUACCAUGCCAUUAACAAUUUGGCUAAAGUUCCUAACGAAUCCAAUAGAGGGAUAAUUCAAGACGUGAUACUCAUGGGGGCUCCUAUACCCGCCAAUGACGAUAAAUUGUACACUUCAUGGAUGGAAAGUAUUGUGGCUGGCAAACUCAUUAAUUGUUUUUGCCAGAAAGAUUGGAUUUUAAAGUUUUUGUACCGGACCGCCUCUGCUCAGAAUAAAAUAGCCGGACUUGAACCAAUUAAGAGGGUUAACCCACGGAUUUAUAAUAUUAACCUAAGUGAUAUUGUGGAAGGUCACAACGAUUAUAUAAGGAAAAUGCCUAUGAUACUCAAGACUCUUGGUUAUAAUGCUUCUAAUUUCGAGGAAAUCAAUGAAUGAAAUUAUUAUUUAGAAUUAGGAAGAAAAAAUCGUAAAUUUAUAAAUAAUACGCAUUUUAAAAAUGUUAUUCAGUAUUUAUUUAUUCAUAAAUAUUUAGUCUAUUACUCAUAUAAUAUACAAAUAUAUUCUCUGCCAUAACAUAGCUAG